AGAAGGUGCGUUUUUCGUGAGUCUGUGAUAAUCAGUCUUGUAGGUGUCGUUCUUUACUAAAGUUGACGACGAUUGACAAUUUGUCACUGUAUUCAUUUGAAAUCUGAAGAAAAUCUUGUGUAUUUUACAAAAGAAUUUCUAUCUGUUAAAAUAAAAAUUAUAUUUUCGUAUCGAGAGAUCCAUAUCCAUAUAAUCUUUAAGAGGUGGAAUAAGCAAUAAGAAACUAUAUGACUAAAAUGACAUUAAUUGACGGAAAAAAGGUUCGAGAUUUUGAAAUAAAAAACUAGUAGUGAAAGUAAAGCGUUUAAAUUUCAAAGUACGAAUAUAUUCAUAGAAAAAAAAGAGAAGUGCAAUCAUGUAACAGCGUAUUUAAUCUGAUCUAACCUAUCAAAUGAGCAAGAUUGAUAACAAACAAUAAAACGGCACUAUGAACAUCCUUUCAUCGUGUCCUGGAUUAUACUGCGGUAGAGAGUUAUUGCCGGAUGGAAACUGGAGUGAUUGUGGCGCUUGUCCACGUGGCUUUCGUGCCAAUGCCUCCUCGGCAUGCGAACCAUGUGACGAUGCACCAAUGUUCUACGACUGGCUUUAUCUAGGCUUUAUGGCCCUUCUAGCCCUGGUGCUGCAUUGGUUCUGCAUCGAUAUGGUGGCCAUGCGUCGUAAUAUACCCAAGGAAGUGAUUGCUCUGCACCUAUCUGCAUUGUUUGAGAUAGUGCUGGCAUCUCUUAUAGUCCUUCAACUGACAGAUCCAAUUGGAACGUUCAACGUCAAGUCAUGCAGAGCAAAAAAAUUAUCAGAUUGGUAUACAUUACUUCACAAUCCAAGUCCUAAUUAUGAAACAAUGUUACACUGUACACAAGAGGCAGUUUAUCCCUUAUAUACUAUGGUUUUUAUCUUCUAUGCCUUAGGAAUAAUUCUCAUGCUAUUAAUAAGGCCGUUAAUAGCAAAGAAAUUCUUGCCAAAGCAGGGCAAAUUCUCCAUUUAUGCUGCGUUAUACUUUUAUCCAAUCCUUGCAUUACUUCAUGCCGUGGGUGGAGGUCUAAUAUAUUAUUCUUUCCCUUAUAUCACUAUUAUUUUGUCGGUGCUUUCAAAUGCAGCACAUUUCGCAUUUAAAUUGAAUCAGACGGUAAAAUCGUUGCUUCUAAGCUCUAUCUCAGACAUAAAAAAUGUAAUAGUCAUCUUGGGUCAUUGGCUGCUGCACGGAUAUGGUGUGAUAGCAGUCGCAACUCUUCGUGGAAUCAGUAUACAUCCUGCGAUGUUGUGUAUCGUCUUAUCACCCGCUCUGUUUUAUAUCAUGACAGCAAGAUUCACCGAUCCACAUAAACUUCAUAUUGAAUGAAUUUUUCAUGUAAUUCUUUUGUAUCCUACACAUUAAUAUAUUUAAAUUAUAAUAAAUACAUAAUUUUGCGUGAAGCAUUGCAAGAUUAUUUCGAUAAAGAUUUUCCAAGUUUAUGUAAGCAUGGUAUUUCUGGAAAAAAAAUUCUAGAUCUUUGUAUUUGAUGCUUGCUAUGUAUGUGUAUAUUACAUUACACAUAUAAACGUUAAGGACAUACUUCUUUUAAUUAAAUAUAAUGGAUGUAUACAAAUAUAUAUAAUUGAAAUAA